AGGCAAAGGCAUUGAAGCAAAAGUAACUCUCAUUCAGCAAGGAAUUGCUUCUGGUCCAAGCCUAAGCCACCUAUAGUAUACUCAGUUUACGCCAUUAAAACCUUCACACAAUUUCUCACGAGAAAUCACCCUCUCACCAAAACAAAAAGCAACACCUUCCAUUACUAUAAAAACCAAUCUUCUCCAACUUUUUCCACCAAAAACCUUGUAAUGGAAAUUACUUACUUUUCUCUGCUUUUCAUGUUCUUCCUGCAAUCCGUGCAAAGCAUAUUGGACCCCAACGAUUUCUUGGCUCUGCAAUUAAUUCGCAAGUCCCUUCACGAUGUUCCCGGUUCCAAUUUCUUCGCUUCUUGGGACUUCACCGCCGAUCCCUGCAACUUCGCCGGCGUUUAUUGUGCCUCCGAUAGGGUCAUUGCGCUGAACCUCGGCGACCCCAGGGCCGGUUCCCCCGGUCUCACCGGCAAAAUAGACCCUUCCAUUUCCAAGCUCUCUGCUCUUGCUGACUUCACUGUCGUUCCCGGAAGAAUAUACGGUCCUCUUCCCCAAUCCCUCUCCCAAUUAAAAAACCUCCGUUUCCUCGGCGUCAGCCGCAACUUCAUCUCCGGCCAGAUUCCGGCCGGUUUGGCUCAGCUCGGUCACCUCCGAACCAUCGAUCUCAGCUACAACCAACUCACCGGAGCAAUUCCUCCGUCCAUCGGAACCUUACCGGAACUAACCAACCUAAUCCUCUGCCACAACCGCCUCUCCGGUUCGGUUCCCUCUUUCGCUUCGGCUCGUACCCUAACCCGGCUCGAACUCAAACACAACUCUCUCUCUGGUUCGCUCAGCUCCAAUUCUCUCCCUCCCUCGCUCCAGUACCUCUCUCUUUCCUGGAACCAGCUCAGCGGACCGGUGGACCGGCUCUUAACCCGGCUCAACCGGCUUAACUACCUUGACCUCAGCUUGAACCAAUUCUCGGGAACCGUCCCGGCUCGACUGUUCUCAUUCCCACUAACCAAUCUUCAACUACAAAGAAACCAAUUUACCGGUCCGGUCCAACCGGUAAACGAAGUAACGAUCCAAACCGUUGAUCUAAGCUACAACCGGUUAUCCGGUGGAAUAUCACCCUUGCUCGCGAGCGUGCAGAACCUGUACCUGAAUAACAACGAUUUCACGGGUCAGGUUCCGGGCAGCUUCGUGGAACGGUUAUUGGCGGCGAGUAUUCAGAUACUGUACUUGCAGCACAAUUACCUGACCGGAAUCGCGAUAAGCCCGACGGCGGAGAUUCCGGUGAGCAGCACGGUGUGUUUGCAGUAUAAUUGCAUGGUGCCUCCUAUUCAAACCGCGUGCCCGUUAAAAGCUGGCAAGCAGAAAAUCAGGCCUUCUCAGCAGUGUAACCGCUGAAUUUCUGUGAAACUGAAGUUUGAUUCAGUUCCAUUAAAGUAUACGUAUUCAUCGUCGAUCACUACAUUCAAUGUGUGUUCGAACUUAUAAUUAAAUGAGCGUCAUACGUAGAUAUAAAUAUGUAUUUAUUUUUUGACCCUUUCAUUCAUUUUUAUCUUAUGAAUAAGUUGAUUAUGAUUUAUGAACACUUGCCAGUGUGUUGGACCGGAGAGGUUGUAAGCUACAAUGUUCCCUGUAAUAUUACUACUGAUGUUAGUAAAUAACAAAUCAAAA